GCGGACGUGUAACAACAUCACAUCACGGGUGUAUGCAUCAUAUCCACUGAAUUCAGCAAAAUAUGAGUUAAAAAAAAAAGAAGACAUGCCUGAUUCAUAAAUAAUGUCCGAAGCUGCUUUAGAGGAAGUUUCCGUUUUAUCGUCCAUUUAUUGCGGAGAAGGAGAGUUCCAGCUCCUGCAGCAGUCUGCUCAGGAUGGACUCAUGGUCCAAAUCAACAGCACUGUUGGAGGAGAGAGAGGGCUGGAUGUGAGUCUGUUGUUCCAUUUGCACCCACGCUACCCUUCCUGUCCCCCCGACAUCUCCGUCUCUUCCACUAGUCUCUCAAGAAGUCAGUGUCACAACAUCAGACAGAAGCUGCUGGAUCAGGCUGCAGCCUUACCACCAGAACCAAUGGUUCAUCAGCUGGUAGAGUGGUUACAGGGUGAGGAGGUGAUGGAGGACUGCAGAGGAGGUGAGGAGGAGGUCAAAGAGAGCGAUAAAGAGGAGGAGUGGACUGCAGUGCUGUCGCUGGACCACAUCCGAUCUCGAAAUCGUUACAUUGGACUGCUGGAGCGCUGGAGCCAGCAGCUGCAGCUGACUGGGAGGUUAUUACUGGGACGAAGUAUACUAGUCAUCCUGCAGGGAGCCAGACCCAACAUCAAGGAGUUCUGUCGCCUCUUGAAGACGGUGAAGGUGGACGUUGAUUCUUCAGGCAAGAAAUGCAAAGAGAGGAUGAUGAAGGUUCUCAUUGAAACCCCCUCGUCUUCCUCCUGUGAACAUGGUCUCCAGGGUUUUGUAGUGAAGAGCUAUCAGUCGUCACCAGAGCUGACUGCAGUCUUCCAGGAAAUCAACAUGAUGGAGCUUUACCAGCAGAUACUGCCGUCAUUGAGUGACUGACAGCACAUGUUAUCAUGGUGACUGAACUUAAACUGAGACAUCCUUGACAAGAUCCAGACUGAAGCAAGGACUGCCCAGAAAUCCAAAAUAAAUGUACAUCUCUCAAAACCUGACUCUGAUAGUGAUCUGAAGAGGAAGAUGAGUGUACAGCACAAGCACUGCUGUAGUAUCAGCUCAGCAACAGACACAAAGGGAAUCUGAUAUCUGAAAACAGAAAAAAAAUAUGAUUUCACAACAAAAAAGACAACACCAGCAACAUAAAAUGACACAUGAAUCUGUUGCCCCAGUGCGUGCUGGGAAGCUUCCCAACACACCUAUGUAAAUGCAAUAAGAGCGCACUGUUAUUCACAAGAACUCAUUCAAGAUUAACAAAUCAAUCCUCUCAUCUGCUCUCCAAGAGCCUGGAUUAGUUAAGCCACGUUUGAGGACCUGGGCCCUGUUCUUCAAUGUGGUUUAAAUAAUUCAGGAUAACAUGAUGUUAUCAGGCUAAAAUAAUCCUGUUAAUUCUUAUCUAGCUAAUUUGGUUCAUUGGAGGCAGUUUGUGGUUGAUUUGUCAAACCUUGAUGAAGUUAUCUUGAAUAACAAAAGGCAAAAUGAGUAGAGAGUUGAAAACAUUAUCAGCAUUCACACGAUUGGCUGAGUGCUGAUCUUGCAGUUACAUGAGGUGGGUUUGCUUGGAACCCUCCCAGCAUGCAAUGGUGCAAUAGAUUUAUGGACAUAAAUCUAAUUUUAUGUGUGUUCCUGCAUUUAUACUGCAGUUAUUCUGCAGUUAUUACUGUUUCCACACUUUCAUCACUGUUAAACAGAUCAGUUAAGCAGAUAUUACCAGUGAACUAAUAUAAUAGAAACUAUUUAUAUAAACAAAAGUAUUUGUGCACUUUUAUAAAUGAAGACAAUUUACAUUCAUAAGUCCAGACUUCUGAGAGAGAGUUUCAUCUAAGUGGAAUUUACUGUUUAUUAAUCUGCAUCUUUCAUGGAAAUCUGCUGAACUUAAGAAACCACUCUCAUGUACUUUAACUAUUAAAUCACUGCCAAAAGA